CGAAAAUUGCUUGGACCUGCUCUUCCCAGUCCUGCAUCUCCAUCAAUCUUCCAUCCGGAAUCCGUGCUGGAGCCACAGAAACGCACACCGCACGCUCUCCUUCACCAUGAACGCCGUUCCCGCCGCCGCAGCAUUACCCAAGGCGGCCGCUAUUCCCGCACGCCUUUUUCGGACUUCUCUACAAUGCUCUGCGAACCAAGGCUCGAAUUCGGUUCGACAUCCAAACAGAUCACGGUCCUAUUACUUCUCGACGCUUUCGUCUAAUGACGGCAGACGCCUGCGUGAUGGCCUGAAUAAUAAAAAAUGUGAAAGCGUUGUCUCAAGGACUUUCCAUACCACUCGCCCACUGGCAGCUAUUCCCGAUCCUUACAAGGUUCUAGGGGUGGAUAAGAAUGCGUCUGCAGGAGACAUAAAGAAGGCUUAUUAUGGCAUGGCUAAGAAAUAUCACCCGGAUACCAACAAGGACCCCAAUGCUAAGGAAAAAUUCGCGGAAGCUCAGUCAGCAUAUGAGCUGCUUUCCGAUACGAAGAAGCGAGAGAACUACGAUCGAUUCGGUUCCGCUGCCUUUGAUUCGAAUGGCGGCUUUGAUCCCAGCGCAGCCGGUGGGAAUCCAUUCUCCGGUGCCGGAGGGUUCCAUGGCUUCGGCAGUGGCUUUCCUGGUGGUUUUGCAGCGGAUAUCAACUUUGAGGAUCUGUUUGGGGCCUUCACUGGCGGCGCUCGCCGGGCGGGUAGAGGAGCUCGCGGCCCGUUCCAAGAAUCGAUUUUGGUUGGUGAGGAUAUCGAGGUCCAGACUAGCAUCUCGUUCAUGGAAGCUGCUAAGGGUACAACAAAAACUGUCACAAUAUCACCGUUAGUACAAUGUGGUAGCUGUCAUGGUGACGGGCUGAAGAAGGGUGCGAAACGCUCUCAAUGCCGACAAUGCAAUGGUUCUGGGACACGCGUUCAUUUCAUCCAAGGAGGUUUCCAAGUCGCCGCCACGUGCGAUGCUUGUGGAGGGACGGGCCUUACAGUUCCUCGAGGGUUUGAAUGUGGUACAUGCCAUGGUAAUGGUGUUAUCAGAGACCGCAAGACUGUCCAGGUGGACAUCCCCGGAGGUGUUGAGGAUGGGAUGCGGCUGAGAGUGGUGGGAGAGGGCGAUGCGCCUCCUUCUGGAACUGCUGCACCUGCUGGAACCCGUACCAAGCCUGGUGACCUCUAUGUUUCUAUUCGCGUGUCCCCCGACCAUCGAUUCAGCCGCUCUGGGUCGGAUAUCCUUUACACAGCUUCCAUUCCUCUUACGACUGCUAUCCUGGGAGGCGAAGCGACAGUGCCAACACUGGACGGUCAGGUUAAAGUCAGGGUGGCCACUGGUACGAACACCGGUGAUAAAAUCACGUUGUCGGGAAUGGGAAUGAAGAAGCUUGGUUCCCGAGGAAGGGGAUUCAACCCUAUGGGCGACUUGAAGGUUGAAUUCAAGGUUGCUAUGCCCAAGUAUCUAACCUCGAACCAGAGGACCAUCCUCGAGGUUCUUGCGGACGAAAUGGGCGACAAGACGGCCAAGCGGACUAUGAACAUUGGCAAGGACAGGUAGGUAGUCAUUCAUAAUUCUGUUCCCUUGGCCAUUGUCAAACGCUGAUGGGAUUAAACGAACAGCGCCACUGAAGCGCCCUCUGACUCCCACAAGGGUGAAGGCUUCCUCAAGUCUGCUUGGCAUAGGUUGACGAACGCCGCUCACAAGGCCUCGACGAGCGAGGAAGGGAAGCAGGAAUCAGAUGCGAGCAGCGACAAAGAGAAGGAUGAUCAAAGGAAAUAAUCAGGCUCAAACUGGUUCGUCCUGACUCCGAUUUCUCUGGUUCCGCUAUCAUAUUGUCAAUAAUACUACAGCGCCGGCGAGUUUGGCGUUUCCCUGUGUUGUGUGGAGGGUUCUCUGACAUCUUUGUAUCUAUAUAUUUUGGGGUCUCUUCUGGAUAGUAUCUGUGCAUUAAUAGAUGGACUGGGAUGAUGAUUUGGAAUGUAUGUACUGUACUAUAGCACCCGGAAACAUCUCUGCUCUCUG